CUGUUCCAGAUUGUGCUGACUCACAUUCGAAAAAAAAUGAUACAUAGAUACAAUGCACUGUAACUCUUUUCCUUUCCCUCAGUAACCUCGAGAGUUUCUAUAGCUCAUGUUUUAAAUGGCUGAGACAACAGCCGUAAUACCAAGAGAUGAAGAGGACAUCCAAAAUAAUUGUGAUGAUGAAGAUCGAUUUCCGAAUCAUGAUACUGUUAUGGCAUCCCUUGGUUGCUCUGCCAGCCCUUCGUUAGCCAGCCUUAAUGAAGACAGGGGAAGCUCAAUGGUGCCAGAAAGAUUGUCUGUCCUCUCCAGCAAGGCCGUGACCCUGGUAAAAGCCCUGACUGUCCCAGAGAUGGUUAGUGGUGGCCAGAUCCAGAGAACAGCCUCUGGGCUGGCUGAGCAUCAUAUGACAGCUGUAGAUGUAUCACUGGGUGGCUCGUUGUACCCUGUGGUAGUUGGUAACCUGCAGCCUGUGGACAUUGCCUCCCUGUGCUCCAAAAGCUCCUUCUGUAAUGGUGAAUUGAGUUCGGAAGUGCUGCAGGUCCCAAGGGUGCUCUGCGAGGCCAGCGAACCCCCACAGGCUGGGACUGACCAAAACAACUACCACACACAGCAGGAAGGAAGUGGCACCAAGAACUAUACGGCCUCUUGUAAUCUGAGCCAUGUGAUUUGGAUGAAGACCACAGCAGUAAUGGAGACCUUAGAAAAUAGGAAACAAGAGGAAAAGGAGAAGUACCGGCUCCAGCUAGCUAUGUACCGACGGCUUCUGCUGUUGCGCUCCAUCAGGAGUUUGCAUAGGCAGCUGGAGCAGCAGCAGGCCAGGUUGAAGGAAUGCUAUGGCAUGGUAAUAAAUACCAAGAAAGAAGUGUUGAAACACAUCUGCUCAGCCUCGCCCACACCUUCGCCAUAAUCAUGUUGCUGCAUGCAAAAAUGAGCUUUGCAAUGCCACCGGAGCCGCCAGCAAGCUUGCAUGCUACCGGGGUGGUGUCCUCAUACCCAAGGGUAUGUGCCCAUGUGCACUCAGAGUAGAGAGGAAACAGCAACAGCAGCAGAGCAAGAAGAGAGGAGAGAAGGAGAAGUGUGGGCCCCCGAAUUUAUCUGGAGGAAAUCAGUGCAAGAUUGAACCUGUGCGAGAAGUUGAUUCCUGAUGCACACUCAAAGCCUCAAGCUGAAAUAGAAUUUUUUGGCAUAUAGGUUGAUAAAAAGAAAAAAAAAUCAUCACGAAAUAGGGAACCUAGUCUGACACCUGAUCCAUAAAGGUGGUCAGAUGCAGGGUUGCUACCUGCUGAAUAUGUGAUAUGGUACAUCUCCCUUCUACUUUCAGCACUAACAAAACUUGAACAGA